CUGGGAAAAAUUUGGCUUCCAAUAAUAUAGCAUCAUGGCGUCACACUGACACCAUUAUAGGUUUAUCUUAGCUUACAAAUAGAUAAACAAGCGUUGGAUAAUUAAAACAGUAUAUAGAGUCUGUGUAUGCUGCUUAACUGGUUGCAUUGCACUGUGUAGGAGAGUAUAUCUGACGACCUGUCAUCUUUCUGAAAUACCGGAGUAAAAUUUGCGAGCUUAAGCAGAGUAGCAGGUCGGCUUUCUAUAGUUAGCGCUCAUUGUAGCUUCUCGAGCUAAAGCUAAAGGCAGAUAGCUGGCUAAACGGGCGGAGUCGACACUAGUACCGCUAUAGUUUCUCGAAUAGUUGAAUUACAGCAUAACGUAUACAACCGGCUAGAGCUUAGUCAAAACGUCGGAUACUUAGUUUUAAUGUUCGUCAGGUUAAGGGUAUUCUUCGGGGGAGAGAGAUGGGAUCAGGGGCCCUGGAUUCGACCCAGUGGUUGUCCGUGAAGGAAGAGACUAUUUUUCUUCACGAUGGGCUGAUGCGGGUCACGGACCUCGCCGAAUUGCCCAGCGAACUUGGAGUCUCUGAACAAGGAGACACCGAGCAGGAGAUCCUGACCUUCGAAACCAAGAAUCCUGUGGAGUUAGCUGAGCGCUUGCGUUCUGUCUGUGGUAACCAGAGCAACGCUUACGCACGUCUCUUGGAGUACCGGCUCAAUGCCCUGCGAGGCCUGUGGGGGGCUCAGCGACAAGUGGCCCUGGAUGAGCAGCAAGAGCGAGAUGGUGUAGCAGCAGGAGCUGGCACUGGAGCAGGCACUGAUGAAGAGACGCUGACCUUUCUGAAGCGUCAGGGCCUCCUGCAGCAGCAGUACCAGCAAUCCCAUCACCAUCCCCCACUGCCCUCCAAUUCAGAUCAAGCUCCGUUCACAUCACGUGUGGGUUUACUGCUCAUCUUCCCCCUGCUGCAGUCACAAACCCACCAUGACCCGGCGCUUGCUGGUGUUACUGCUGAGGUACUGCUGGCCUGUCUGCGUGACUGCCAGCCACUUAGCCUGGGCAAGGAGCCUGCUGACUGCCUCAGUGGCUUGGAGGGACUUCUGUGCUCAUGGUUGGAGCAGGGGGGUGAGCAAGCAUCAGCAACACAGGAAAAACCGCUUCUGACUAAGAGACAAAGGGAGAACGCAGCUGCUGCGCUUGUGGCGCUAGCAUGUGCCAGGGGCUCUCUGAAGACAUUCAUUCACACAGUUCACCUGCUACAGAAACAGACUGACUUAGGACAGCUUCCUGUUGCAGAUGUCCUCUAUAGACUCAUUCUUCUGGAAGGGGGUCCAGGCUCCCCAUCUUGUUUGCUGGGGGGAAAGCACAAUGUCUCAUGGGGUUUUGAGGACAUGCUUCCCACACCAGAUUGCAGUGCCGCAGGAACAGAGAGUAAAGACACAGACCUAGGCCGCUGCUUGGCUACUGAUGGCUUAUAUCUCUAUACCACUAACUCAUUUGGUAGAGGUUUGAGCAAACUGGGCUCAGGCCUUCAUGGAACACUGAGAGGUUUUGUUUACUGUAGAAAUGAGGAGCUAGAGGCUGGUUGGGUAGUACACAGCAGUAGUUAUCUCCUUCAUCGUCCUGCCUCCUUUGACACUAAAUCCCAUCAGCUGUGCCAGGUCAUAGACCCCUACACUUUGCAAGUAUGCCAGAUUGUGCCAAUGCCUCCUCACCACUUUGCGGUGGGCAGCAGUUUGACCACGCUGCAUGUUUGCUCGGAUGGUACCUACAUCUACUGGGUGUGGUCACCUGUCAGUCUCAACGAAAAGACCCAGAAAGGCCACUCUGUCUUCAUGGAUGUCUUCCAGUUAGCGACUGAGUCCGGGGUGUGCAAGGCCAGUGCUGUCCGGGAGCGAGUGAUCUUGUCAAGGAAAGAGGGGGAGUCAUCAAAAUGUUUGAAUGAGCUGCUGAUGAGCCGCAUGUCUCGUUUCCGCACCUCUCACUCGGCCACGCUUGCUGCCCUCACUGGCUCCACCAUCACAAACCCUGUCAAAGAGGAGCAAACUGUAGUAAAUGCUAGCUGCGGUCUUCCUCUUAAGACUUUGAGGAAAACACCUAUGUAUGUCUGUGGGACCUACCUGGUAAUGCUGGCUUCCCCUCCUGGUGUAGCUGGAAGUUCUGCGACUCGCUCACUUUUUGGUGGAUCCAGUGGCCUUUCUUCCCUUAAGAUUCUGACCUCUAAUCUGGUGUUUAACUUGAAUGAUGGUCAGUUCGUCAGUCGUGCAGACCUGAUUGAUGCACCUGGCAGUUCUCUAGGUCGUGGUGCUCAAGUGGCAGGGCUAGGGGCCUGCUAUGAUGCUCUUAACAACUUGAUCUGGACAUGCUCUAGUGACUACAUGGAUCAGUGGUCAAACCCAGGCAACCAAGCCUUUCAUCAUGUGUGCAAACGGCUUGGCUUCAGCCAUGUCAUCAGAGAGCCUAAAGAAGACAUGGUGGAGAUGAAUGAAGUAAUUAGUCAGCUGCUACACCAUGUUGGUGCCAUGUGCAUCCACCAGCAGAACCUGUUGGCUGCUAGCGGCAGCUCACCUCUGAGCUCUUUCCUAAACAAACAACAACCAAUGGAAGCCUGCCACUUUAGUGCCAUCUGUGACAUAAUGGAAAAGGCCAUGGUGAAUUCUGAUAUCUGUAUCAUCCGCUGCAUCCUUGUGGUCUUUCAGGUGGUGUUUCGGUUCUUUAACCCCCAGUCAGAGCAGAACCGGGAAAGUAUAAGACGUUCUGGAUUGCUUCUGUGGCAACUACUCAUGGCCCCUAUUGAUCAGAUAGGGGCAGAAAUCCAAAGAGAAGUUUGCCUGGCAAUCAGCUUUGGCUUGAAUAUCUUGUAUCAGGGAGAGAUGGAGCUGAAUGACUUGUUAAAACUUGUCCUCACUGAAGGUGAGAGAAAUAGUGGUUUGUCCCAGUUGCGUGAUAUUAUUCUUAACAACCUUGCCGACCAGCUACAGAAGAACCGCUUUGGAAGUGAGGAUGAUGACCACUACAGGCUGAAUGAUGAACUGCUGCAUUGCAUUCUGAAGACUGUAGUGCGCGAAUCUUGCCUUCUCAUCACUAAAUGCCAAACACUUGACAAAGAAGAGUUCCAGAAGCUUCUAUCCACUGUGCCUGUGGCCUCACCAAGCUUGCACUACAUUAUGGCUGUUCAGAACCAUUUGCUAAGCAAUACUGUCCUGAUCCGCCCUGAUGACAGCGAUGACAGUGACAGCUCCCUUCAAGGGGAAACAAUGAAGGUACAGGAACUGCAGACCAGCAUCCUGUCCCUGGCCUGCAAGAUCCUGAUUGGCUGUGAUGAAGUUCUGGAGACUCUUCAUCAAGUCACCACUGCCCUCAUCAACAGUGACAUUACCGAUCUUGAAAGCAGAUUAAAAGGACUGGAGCAGGUGACUAAAGCUACGAUGCUAGGCCAUUUGUUGCCAGUUCUCUUGACCUCUCUGAUGCACCCCAACCUGCAAACUUUGUCCCUUGCUGAUGCUCUUAUGCCACAACUUGUCCAGCUCGUCCUCUACACCAGUCAGACUGCUUUGCUUUUGAAGACCCAGUCCCCACUAUUUGGUGAAGGCUCUCCACUGAGGGGUGGCCCAUUAAACCACACUGCUAACUUGGCUUACAAUAAUGAUAAUUUCCAGAUUCUUGAUGAAAGGGAAGAGCCGGGCUUUCUGACAGGACUUAAGAUCCCUGCCCCAUGGGCUGCUGGGAAAACAGUGGAAACUAUCCAUCCAGUUCGUGACAACUACAAAUUUAAAGAGACUGUACAUAUCCCUGGUGCUCGCUGUCUUUAUCUACGCUUUGACCCUCGUUGCUCUUCACAGUACGACUAUGAUAAGCUUGUUAUCUACGCUGGUCCUAACACAAAUAGUCGCAAAGUGACUGAGUAUGGUGGCAAUACCCUGGGUUAUGGCAGCCGCAGUGUUCUGGGUACUGGUUGGCCAAAGGAUCUUGUGAAGGUGGAGGGCGACACUGUGACAUUUUCCUUUGAGAUGAGAAGUGGUCGUGAACACAACACACCAGACAAAGCAAUGUGGGGUUUCUCCUGCACUGUCCGAGCACAGGAGUCAUCAGAGGAUGUCUCUGGGGGUCUGCCUUUUCUGGCUGACCUUGCUUUGGGUCUCUCCGUUCUAGCUUGUUCCAUGUUACGCAUACUCUACAACGGCCCAGAGAUCACACGGGAGGAAGAGGCUUGCCAUGACCUACUCUGCUCUAAACUCUUACAGAGAUGUCAAUGGCAGGUAGAAGCCAAUGGUGCCAUCUCUCCGGCUCUUACCCCCUCUCCGUCUCCGCUCCCACUUACCAUUGAUGAGGACCAAGAGUUUACCUACCCCACAGAUGUUCUGAUUCCCCCGGCAGGCUUCAUUCCUGGUGUUUACUGUGAUCUACCACGUAUCCGCCUGCCCCCAGGAAUAAUGGGCCGUCUAAGGGAGCUCUCUGGCAAGGCUCGUCCACAGUUCCGGCCAAGCAUCAAAGAGGUGAUCCGGCCAGAUGUAAUUGAGGAACUGAUUGUGUCCUGUGUAAUAAAACACCUGGGUCUGAUAGACUCACUGCAAUCAUUACUAAACUUGCAGUACAGAGAGGAACACAGAGAGGAGUAUGAGCUGCUGUGCAAAAUCAUGGCUGAGACAUUCAAGAAGAUUAAUGCAAUGGAGAGACAGCUUCAGAGUGUGGCUGAGCUAGAACAAAAAUGGCAGAAUGAGGUUGAUGAGGCUCAGCAGGGCAAACUAGAAAAUAACACACCCUUCUUUCAUGACUACCACUUUUUUGAGAGCAAAAUGAAGGAGCUUGAACUUCUGUGUUCUCUGAAGGAGGUUCCAUUAGACUGGAGUGAUGUAGAAAAUGCUGUAAUUGCAUUAAGGGAAUUUUUUUUUCAGGAGGUUAGUUCUAUGCAGCACUCCAGAUGUGUUGUGCCUCUGGUCAAGACCAGAGCUCUACUAAAGAGCUUAAUGAAUCGCUCAGAGCUACUGCUGCACGUCACGAUUUCUCCACAGUGCAGGAGCCUAACCACAACACCUACAAGCUCACCAGCAUGUAAAUUGGUGUCAGAUACCAAGACUGGUAUGGUGAAGCAGCCAGUUUUCCUGCGUAGUAUGUCCGCUCCCUCUGACCUGGAAAUGAUAGCAAACCAAGAUCUGGAGUUCACACAUGCAACACAGAGGAGGCGCCCUCACCCUACUGGUAACAGAAGUAGCUCAUUUACACUGCUGCAAUCUCUGGGAGCUGAAGACAACAGCGAAAAACCAACAUACAGUGUGCUGCUAGGACAACUGUUCGCCUUCAUAGGGACCAGCCCCGACCAUGCAGUGUCUAGUAGAAGUUUUCUGGCAGCAGCUCAGACACGCUGGAGAAGAGGUUGUACCAGGAAGCAGGCUCUGGUCCACAUGAGAGAGCUCCUCACCACUGCUGUUCGAGUUGGUGGAGUAACCCACCUGGUGGGUCCUGUCACCAUGGUGCUGCAGGGCGGGCCCAGGAUUGAGGAGCUGACCUGUGGUGGCAUGGUGGGACAGGUUCAGGAAGCCUUCGGACAAACUAUGACCUCUGUUGUGUCUCUAUGUGCCCGCUAUCCUAUUGCGUGUGCCAACAGCAUCGGCCUACUCUGCACCAUCCCUUACACCAGGAGUGAGGAGCAAUGUCUGGUUCGCAGCGGCCUGGUUCAGUUGAUGGACCAGCUUUGCAGUCUUAGUAGCCAGAGAGACUGCAGCUCCAAUGAGAAACAAACCAAGAAGCAGAAAGUUGCCACGAUGGCCUGGGCUGCAUUCCAAGUGCUAGCCAAUCGCUGCAUUGAGUGGGAGAAAGUGGAAGGCGGUUCCUCAGAUGCAGUGCAUUCUGGAUUAGCCCGGCAGGUAUCCAGUCUGUUGACUAAUCACCUAGCAAGAGCUACCGAAUGCUCUGGUAACCAAGCAGCUGGAAAUGAUGCCCUACAAGAUGUACUUAGUCUACUGAAUGACCUGUCUAGGAGCAAUAUAGGCAAAGCAAUUCUGAGCCAGCCAGCCUGCGUUUCCAAGCUCCUUUCACUGCUUCUGGACCAACGUCCUUCCCCUAAAUUGGUGCUGAUCAUCCUCCAGCUGUGUCGGGCUGCCCUUCCUCUUAUGAGCGUGGAGGACUGUGGCAAUGUGGCAUUGCCUCCUUGGAGCUACUUCAUCAGUGCCAUAGACACUGAGCAAGAAGAUGCCAGUGACCCGGCAUCCCGCAUUGCAGCACUUCUGCUGGCUAAACUUGCAGACUACGUGGUACCAGGAAGCCAGACCCUGCUUUCCCCUGCUUCCUCUGAGCCUGAUACCAGAUUAAUCUGGGCUAGUCCCAUGGGCAAUGUCAAGACAGAUAAAGAUGUUGGAGAAGAGGGAGAAGCAGUGGAUGGCAAACUCUCCAUCUUCAUACACAAGAGAGAAGACCAAUCUUCCCAUGAAGUACUUCAGCCAUUACUCAGUAGCUCAGAGGGGCGUCCUUUUCGGCUUGGCACUGGAGCCAACAUGGACAAGGUGGUGAAAAUGGACAGAGACAUGACUAAGACUGGGUGCUGUGAAGUGGUCACAGAAGAGGCAUCCGCAGCCCUGCGUAAGGCUAUUAAGUGGGCUCAGUCAGGCCUCAUUGUGAGUGUGGGGCCUCCAGUGGAAACUCUAAUUCAGGAGACUUCAGGGGGAAGCGCCACUGGAGACAAGAAGAAAAGUGCCCAGAGUGCAGUAUGCAGAGACAGGAAUGCAGAACUGUCCAGGUCUGACCCAGUCCGUCCAUUUAUCAGUGGUCAUGUAGCAAACAGCAUGGCUGCUGAAGUCAUUGCUUUGCUGCACAGUCUUCUUACAGCACCAGAGUCAAACACUGCGCAGAUAUGGACAACUACAGCAGAAAAGGUACUGUCCAGAGCCCUGAUGUAUAUACCUCAGUUGGGUAAAUAUGCAGAGAGCAUCUUAGAGAGUGGAACAAGCAGUGGCAGAAAGCUGGCCAAGCUGCAAGCAAUCAGCCGACAGGCUGUGGCAGCUUUGUGUGCCCUGGGUGGCUUCAAAGAGGCCAUCAAAAUUGGAUCGGAGGUCCAGGUAGUAGGUAAGGGUUUGCAGGACAGUGUCGGAGUGGUCAUUUCCAUUAAUGAGCAGGAAGGCAUUGCUACAGUCAAGUUCCCCUCCUGUGAUUAUCGCCGUGACUGUAAGGCGUCUGACAUCUUGACUGUACCCAUCUCCCGCCUCUCAACACUACGGUCAGAGGCUUUGCCACUCUAUAAGCUGUCCAUCACUGAGAAGGUAGUGCAGGCAGUGCAGUCCAUGCUGCUACCACAGGAGGGCAGUCUUUCCAUCCACACCUGCCUACCAGCCUCUGGAGAUGGCUCCAGCCCUGUCAUGGCUGCAGUGCGACUGCUGGCUGAGAUAAGGACUAGAGCAUGUUUGGUUAUGGCUCAGUUGCUGGAGGACAGUUCAUUCUGUGAGGAGUUCAUCCAGCAAUGUCCUGCUGCUGUAGAAGUUCUAAACUUAGUUGCACAGGAGUGUAGCCCUGGUGAGCGACUAGGCAUAGUGGAGGCUCAGUGUGAAAGACUAAGAAUGUUGUAUCGUGACUGCGCUCGUCCACCUCCUCCUCCUCCUCCACUCCAGAUUGACAGAAGACAGCCCAAGCAAAUCACAUGGUGUCCAUCGCGUGUCUUCCCACCAGUGCGUGCGUGUAUGUUCUCAUCUCACCAGACCUCUGUGACAUUUCUAGCAGACCCCAGUGCUGGGGGUGGCCUGCCUAGGGGCACUUUUAUCUAUGCUACUUCACCAGUUCCUGUUCAGGCUCCAUCAUUUUACUGGGAAUUAGAGAUAGUGUCCUAUGGAGAUUCUGAGGAUGACAGUGGCCCAAUUGUGUCUUUUGGCUUUACCACAGAAGCAGAAAAGAGAGAUGGUGCAUGGACCAAUCCUGUUGGCACUUGUCUCUUUCACAAUAAUGGGAGGGCUGUACACUACAAUGGCUCCAGUUUGCUCCAAUGGAAGAGCGUAAGGCUAGAUGUGGCUCUGCUUCCUGGAAACAUUGCUGGAAUAGGUUGGGAGCGUAUGGAGGGCACACCACCUCCCCCAGGCCAGGCUCCUAAGGGAAGGGUAUACUUCACCUACUGUGGUCAGCGCCUUAGCCCUUACCUGGAGGAUGUAGCUGGAGGAAUGUGGCCCGUGGUCCACAUCCAAAAGAAGAACACAAAGGUUCGUGCUAACUUUGGAUGCCAGUCGUUUGCAUACGCGGAGGGACAGGCCCAUAGAAAUGCAGCCGACCUUUGCAUGGACCUCUCAGAGGAGAUAAGUGCCAAUUUUGAGGCCCUGCCUUUUGCCAUGGCUUCAGACAGUGACAAUGAUGCUGGUGCCAGUGUAGCAUCCGACUCUGGCUCACAUGGACCUCCUUGUCGCAUCGCUGCGGUGUCUACUACUCAGCCGCAAUAUAACAGUGAUGCUUCCUGCUACUACAAACUUGAGCUGAGCUAUGAGAAUCUCGUGACCUCGGGCCCUGACCCCCACCCUCCACCUAUCACUGACGAUGAGAGUGAUGAUGAGGACGAUGAUGAUGUGCCAAGAGAGGAUCACUAUGCCCUGCUUGUUAAAGCAUGGGAGACCAAAGUGUUCCCUACUAUACGGCGCCGCUUCAGGAAUGAAGCUGAGAGGAAAUCAGGACUGGACCAGAUAAAGGGGGCACUCCAACUUGGAAUGGUGGACAUUGCACGACAGACAGUGGAGUUCCUCUAUGAAGAGAAUGGUGGCAUUCCUCGUGAUCUCUACCUCCCCACUAUUGAGGACAUCAAGGACGAGGCCAGUAAAUUUACCAUCGACAAAGUCCGCAAAGGUCUAACAGUGGUUAUACGCUGUCCUGAGUGCAACAACACUGGCAGCAGCAUGGGAGGAACAGCCUUGCCAAAGUUUGCCAUUCGAGGCAUGCUCAAAACCUUUGGCCUUCACGGAGCAGUCCUUGAUGUUGAUAGUGUAAAUGAUUUGGUCCAGGUGGAGACGUACUUACGCAGUGAGGGUGUGUUGGUCAGGUACUGGUACCCCAUUGAGAUGCUGGAGCGCCCACCAGCAGGUUCCCGCAGAACUGCAGCCAAUGGCCUUGUGUCUUUGGAUAGCAGCAACAUUCAAAUUCACAGGGAACUGCUGCGUUGUGAGAGUGCUUUGGCACGUCUGUACUGUCGUAUGGCAUUGCUCAAUAUCUUUGCACCCAAGAGUCCUCACACCUUCACACGCCUCUUCCACAUCCCAGCUGUGCGUGACAUUACACUUGAACACCUGGGGCUUUUGUCUAAUCAGUUACUGGCUCCACCUCUGCCAGAUGGCUCCAUUAGCUCAAGCUCCAUCUUGGUGGCCCAGUCUGUGCUGCACAACCUGAAAGGUCAAAGCUGCUCCCCCACUGAACUCUUCUACCAGGGUAAUGCACAGACCAUUCGGGAGUGGCUGACAGUGGCUAUCAGCAGAGCAUUGCACCAGGGAGAGGACAGCUUACUGGAGCUGACCAAGCAGAUCUGUUGUUUCCUCCAGAAUGCUCCGGAGCAGUUCACAUCAGAGGAGUUUCCAAUCUCAGAGUCAAAGGUCAGCAUGGAUGUCAGCUUCCCUGGUGCUGCAUUUGUGGUGGUUUCUUGUAAAGAAAAUCAGCUUGGUUGCCGCAAAGAUUCUUCUCUCUAUAAGGCUCCCUGGGCUCGUGUAAUGAUGUAUGGGUUGGGGCACAAGGUUCGACGUAAUGGCCAGCUGAAUCUGAUGGAGACUGUGUGCUAUCCUCUGGAUGCUUCACCUUCGAAUACAGGCCUUACGCCUCCUCCCACAACCAACCAAUACCCUAGCAUCAUAAUACCCACUGAUAAAGUCCACAUAAAACUGGGAGUAUCCCCACCUCCUGGGGUUGUCCUAGUACUGCAUUCUCUGCCUGUGGAGUUUCCCUUGGCAAUGGCCUUUGCUGAACAGCUGCUGAAAUGGACUGUGCGUGAGAAUAGUGAGCAUCCAGAGGAAGAGCUGGACACCAUGCCUCCUUCUGUGCUUCUCCAGGUUGUGGAGCUACUUGGUGGGCUUCUGUGGACUACUGAUCUUGCACCUUGUAUCAAAGAGUUCAUCUUUCAUUUGCUUGCUGAGCUUUUCCGCAAGAUCCAUCACUUGGAACAACGUAAGGGUUCCUCAGGCCUGUCAAGCUCCAUUGCUCUACUCCCCAGUCCCUGCUUGGCAGUGCUCAUGGCUCUCCAGACAGAGCUCCGAAAACUUUAUGACUGUGAGACUCAAAGCUGGGGGCUGGCUAGUGGAAGCACCUCAGGAAGCUCCUUAGCACUAUCGUCUGAUCAAAGCCGCUUCUCUACAUACUUCCAUGCCCUUAUGGAGGUGUGCCUUGCUGUGGCGGAGGUUACCUUGCAGGUUAACGUGGCCAGUGGAGGGUUGGCUGUAAGCAAUCUUUCCUCAUCCAGCACACCCAACCUUAGUGAUUCUUCAUCCUCUUCAUCGUCAUCACCAGGCCAAACCCCACAAAGCCCAAGUUUGUUAUCAAAGCGCAAGAAGGUCAAGCUGAAGCGAGACCGGACAACAGCAGCCAUAGGUGCUGCAACUACAGCUUCAGGAAAACGGGGCUCUGUGAGCAGCACAAAGCUUUCAGAAAGUGAUAGUGCUUUAUUGAAUGUGGCUGGAGGAAAGCCAGAAGACAUGUUAUGGUUCCACCGUGGGCUGACACUACUCAUGAUUAUACGGCACCUGACAUACAAGGACCCCCAAGGCUUGAGUGUGACUGGGGAUGCAGUAGCCGACGCCUGCCAGGCCCUGGUCAGUCCAACUGCUCAUAGUCGGCUGCUGGUGCUCUCCGGUAUUCCAACUCACUUGGAAGAAGCUGUGGUGCGUAAUGCAAUCCGAAGGGCUUGCAAUGCACAUGGGGGUCUCUUCAAAGAUGAAAUCUUUAUUCCACUUCAGGCAGGAGACCUAAAGCAGACCAAAGGAGCUGUGGUCGGAACUCAGAGCACAGGAUCCCAAGAUGAUAGAGCAGAAAAGCUUCUUCCAGGCAGUAUGGAAAGUCCAGAUGGCUCCAGUAGUGCUACCCCAGCUCUGAGCAUGACGGCUUCAGCUUCAGCUAGCCAGACCUCCAUUUGCAGCUCCUCUCAGGGGUUCUCCAGAACUGCCAGUGAACUUUCUGUGGAUCAGGAACUGUUAGCUGCUGCUGUGACAAAACCUGUAGCCCCUACCCAGCAACAGGCACCGCUAGACCCCUGUAUAGUCUCCAGUCAGGAAAGCCUUGAUAUCUCUCUUUGUAGCACAGGAAGCCUUGGUAGUCUCGGUAGCUUUGGGGAGCAACUUGAAAGUGGAGAGACAGCUUCAGUAUCAGAUGGGGGAUCCUUGUAUGCAGUCACCUCGCUAGACACUAAUGCCAGCUUGGCAUGUCGCAUUAAAGGCUAUGCUGUUAUAGAGGUACGGGCCAGGGCCAAGGUGGAGAAGAUUCGUGCAAGUCUCUUCAACAGCAGUGACCUCAUUGGCCUGUCCAGCCUUGAAGGAGAGGAGGAGUUAAUGGAGAUAACCACUGAAGAGAUCUUGACUGCCUCCAGUGUUAAUCAGAGCCUGUUUGAUACACAAGGCAGUUCUGCACUUGAGGACUACUUUCUUGAUAAAACCAUCAGAGGUGACAAAUUGGUCCCUGGGGCACGAGAUGUGCUAACUGACAUCUUUAAGAGCUGCGUACACUCUGAACAAAUGCUAAGCCUUACACCAACCAAGCCCUUGAAGGUGUCAGACAUUUAUCUCAGUAAAGAACAAAUCAACUCACAGAUGCCUGGUAACCUUCUGCAUGUAUUCUUCAACCACAUACGACCUCCUAAGAAAGUGUUUGAAGAUCAGCUCACACAGAUCCUUCGCAAAUAUGGCACAGUCAAGGCCAACAAGUGCAGGUACAGCAAGUCAGGAAAGGAACAACAGCAGGGAAAAGUGGUCAGCACAAAGAGAUCCAUCAUCAAGCCCCCUAUCAAAGAGAAGUCUGUUCUCAACAGUGUACGGACUGCAUUAAGUGAGAAGAAACCAGUCCUAAAGCCCAAGUCUCCAGAUAAAGCUAAGCCUGACGAGAAAGACCCUGAGAAGUUGCCUACCAAGAAGUUAGAAGUGCCAGAAGAGAAGUACUUAACUCUGGACGGUUUCCAUAAGUUUACUGUUGAUCGAGCCAAACAGGACAUUCGCAGUGUUUGGAGGGCAAUCCUGGCAUGCGGUUAUGACUUGCACUUUGAAAGAUGUUCAUGCAUUGAUACUCGGCAAGCCCAGAAGACUAGCAGAAAGUGGACCUUGGAGAUGGAUUUUGCUCUAGUCCAGUAUGUUAAUCGCCUCUGUCGCCACCUGGCUAUAACACCUGCUCGCCUCCACCCCCACGAAGUAUACCUGGACCCCGCAGAUACAGCAGACCCACGAAUUUCAUGCCUGCUAAGUGUACCUGUUGAGAGUUUGCGUCUGCGCUUUGCCCUACUGCAGUCUCUUAAUAAUACCCUGGAGGGUUUCUUUCUGCCACUUGUGGAGCUAAGGCAGACACAUACCUAUCAGAACAGUAUUGCUGCCCUGCUGCGUGAGGCUAAAGGACUUAUUUUUUAUGACACUAAAGUAGCCAUUAUGAACAAGGUGCUGAAUGCAACAGUGCAGCGUACUGUUGACCAUGCUGCCCCUGAGAUCACACUGGAUCCUCUAGAGAUAGUGGGAGGUGAGAUCCACUCCUCAGAGAACACCUACUUCUGUCAGGCAGCUCGGCAGCUGUCUAACGUUCCCUCAUCUCAACUAUGUGUGAAACUAGCUAGUGGAGGAGACCCCACCUAUGCCUUCAACAUCCGCUUUACUGGAGAGGAAGUUCAUGGCACUAGUGGUUCAUUUCGCCACUUCCUGUGGCAAGUCUGCAAGGAGCUGCAAAGCAGCAUCCUGUCUUUGCUUCUGCCAUGUCCCAGUUCUGCCAGUAAUCGCAGCAAGGGGAAGUACAUCCUGACAUCUUGCCCCAUCACUUACGCCGAAGAACAGCUGCUGCACUUCUUCGGUCAGCUGCUGGGAAUCGCCAUCCGUGCAGAUGUGCCUUUACCUCUGGAUUUGCAGGGUUCCUUCUGGAAAGGUCUAGUUGGUGAUAUUCCAGACCCAGAAACAGAUCUACAGGAAGCUGAUUUUCUCACUUACAACUACGCCAAGAAGUUUGAUAAUGUGACUGAUAAGGCUGAGUUGGAAGCGCUAUGCAUAGAAAUCUCAUCACAGAGCCACUCAGGUGAAAGCCCUGACUCGCCCAGCCGGCCAUGCUGUACCUUCACCUAUGUUACCAUGACAGGCGAGGAGGUGGAACUGUGCCAGGGUGGGCAUAACCUUGCCGUCAGUUGGGAGAACAAAGACUUGUAUGCUCAGGCAGUACGUGCCUUGCGUCUGCGGGAACUACAAAAUGAGGAGCGUAUGAGUGCUGUUCGUGCAGGCUUGGGCUCCAUUAUCCCUCUGCAACUUCUCACCAUGCUCAGCCCCUUAGAGAUGGAACUGCGUACCUGUGGCCUCCCCUACAUCAACCUGGAAUUCCUUAAGGCUCAUACAAUGUAUCAAGUGGGCCUGAUGGAGACCGACCAGCACAUUGAGUUCUUCUGGACAGCACUGGAGAUGUUUACACAGGAAGAGCUCUGUAAGUUCAUUAAGUUUGCUUGCAAUCAGGAGCGGAUACCCUUCACUUGCCCCUGCAAGGAUGGUGGGCCAGACACUGCUCAUGUGCCUCCUUAUCCCAUGAAAAUUGCCCCGCCAGAUGGCGCGGUGGGUUCACCUGACUACCGUUACAUUAGAGUAGAGACCUGCAUGUUUAUGGUGAAGCUGCCCCAGUAUUCCUCUCUUGAUGUGAUGCUGGAAAAGUUACGUUAUGCUAUACACUAUCGUGAGGACCCUCUGAGUGGCUAAAGGAUUCCAAAACACAAAUACACACUUGCACAAAAAUACCAUACAUUCAUGUUCACUCCCACCCAGAAAUUUUCAGAAAGACUGAUAUUGCUGGAAAUGUGGACUCCUUGAGUACUCCCGUUUAUUUUAGCUUGAUUGUUGAAACUUCUGCCCAUCUUGCCUUCAAAAAGACCAUUGUUUUGUUUUCUGGACUGCAUUGAGUUGAAUUACAUUUUUGGGUGGUCCUUAGAGGAACCUACAUGUUGUAUCUGAUGGUAGUAAUGCAUCGUUAGAUAAUAUGGAGAAGAAUACUGCACUUUUAUUUUCUCAUGGUUUCCUAUUGUUUACUUCCCUGCACUUUAUUGCUGCCAUUGAUUUUAAAUGCUCUUUUUAUUGCAUUUAUAAAUAUAAUGUUGUCUAUCAUUUCUUGUGUGCCAUUAUAACUGCUGUCUUUAAAAACAAACAGAUGUGCAGUAAGAUGCUUUAAGUGGUGGUGGUGGGAAGAAUAGGGAUGGAUGGGGGCUGGCCACUUUUUUUUUUUUUUUUUUUUUUUUUUUGGGCACAGCAUAGGGACUUAGGGGGGCUGCAGCCCUGGCAGUCUCCCCCCUUACCACACCUAUGACAGCCAAGGUGUUCACAUAAAUAUGUAGAAGAAUAUUAAAGCAAAUGGAUGAAAAUUUCCUGCUUUCUUGGAUUAUUAAAAAAAUUCAUAAAUAAGAAUGACUUUUAGCAUUUGUAUCAAAACACUACAACAGCUGCCCCCUACAACUAAAACUUUCCCAUGAAUACAAGACAGUAGCAGCAAGAGGCUGCUACCAGAGAACAUUUGAGGAGUUAUAUAUGCAUAUUGGGGAAUUGUGAAUUCAAAGAAAUUUUAUUUAUGUACAAUGUCAAGAUUGAGUAAAUUUAUUAAUAUUUGGGUGGUUACCACAAUGGAAUGUUUAAAUUGACUUCUAACAAAUGUCUCUUUAUUGUGAAAUAUUGCAUGUACUCUGUAUCUGUUGUCAUUGCAUUAUUCCUGUCCACCAUUAAUUUUUGGCUCUGAGGGGUGAUGUUAGCAUCUCUCCCCUUAAAUGCUGCUUAAAUGAGAUUAUGCUUCUCAGCCCCCAUUCUGGUAGGAAGAGCUCUGCAUGGUACCAUUUAUUAUACAACAUUACUGAGCUUUCGUUGACUUAGGAUUUUUGUUGUUUAUAUGCUGGAUUUGCACAAGAAUUCAGUCUUUAUUAUUAUUACUAUUAUUAUUAUUAUUAUUAUUAUUAUUUUAUAAUUUGCUUUGUUUAUUUUUUCAUUACUAUAUUUUUUACAUUUAUUUGUUCUGCAUAAAGUAUAUAGGGGAAAAAAAACAAAAAAAACAUUAGUUUGAACAAGGAACAUUUCUUUGUCUUUUGAAUCAUUUUAAAGCUAGAAAUAGUUAGGAACCCGUUACUUAAUUAUAAUCAAGAUGGAGUUUGCUGUUCCUUCUAAUGCUUGUGUUUGCAGUGUUUUAUUGUGCGUCUUCAAUGGAGCCAUUGUAACAUUGAUGCCUCUUGGAGAAUGCUACCGAAGACCUCCCCCAGAAUGUUCAAAAUAGAGUUUAGACUCUGUUUAUGCAGUACAUUUUGGUGCGAUUGCUGCUAUUAAGGAUACUCCAUCCGCAUUUCUCUUUACCUUUCAGAAGAAGAAUAUUAAUGUUUGUCAGAGGGUAUCCACAGAAAGAGGGUAAACAAAAGAUCUGUGCUGUACAUUAACUUGAUAUUUAUUACAAUUAUUUAUGGUUGCAUUAACUUUUCUUUCUUACAUUUACACAUCUGGAAUAUAAUAGAAUGCAGAUGUGUGAAUUCCAGUUAAGUGAUAUUGAUUUCAUAAUUUCUGUCACAGAAUAUAAAUAAAAAUGUAUUGAUGUAUAUUGAUGUGUACUGUUUGUAUGCAGAUGUUGGUUUGAAUGUAUUUGUAUUCUGCUCAUCAUUCAACAUAAUGAUGGUGAUAAUAAUAAUAAUCAUUAUUCCAGUAGGAAUAAUUUCCAUUUUAAGCAAAGUACUUUCAUUUUCAGGGGCUCAAAGGUAUUUGGACAAAGUGACAUAAUUGUAAAUAUAACCAUAAUUUUAAUACUUGGAUGAAAAUCCUUUGCAGUCAAUGACAGCCUGAAGUCUGGUGCCCAUGUUCUCAAAACUCAAAUUCUGAGUUUCCUCCCUGGAGAUGCUUUGCCAGGCCUUCACUGCAGCCACCUUCAGUUGACAACUUGACAAUAAGUUAAUUGACCAGGUGCGGUCCAUUCCCUUGUUACUUCGAGACAAAUGAAGCAGAUAAAAGGUCUGGAGUUGAUAUCAGGUAUUGAGUUGGCAUUUGGCAGCUGUUCAACUGGAGCUACCAAUAUGAAGUCCAAGGAGAUCUCAAUGCAAGUGAAGGAGGCCAUCAUAGGCUGAAACAACAACAUAAAUCUAUGAGAGAUAGCAAAAACCUUUGGUGUGGCCAGAUCAACAGGGUACAGUCUUAAAAAGGGUACAUUCUUAAAAAGAAAGAAAGCACCUGUGAGCUCAACAACAUCGAAAGGCCUGGAAGACCACGGAAGACAACUAAAGUGGAUGAUCGCAGAAUUCUUUUCUUGGUGAAGAAAAACCCCUUCACAACAUCAAUAGAAGUCAAGAAUACUCUGGAGAAGGUAGGCGUAUCAUUGUCAAAAUCUACAAUCAAGAGACGCCUUCAUGAAUGUAAAUACAGAGGGUUUACAACAAGGUGCAAACCACUGGUAACAUUCAAGAAUUAUUCAAGAAUAAUAAUUAACAGUUAUUAUUAUUAUUAUUAUUAUUAUUAUUAUUCCAUUCAACUUUGUCAAAUAGAACAUGAAACUACAAAAAAACAUGAAACUACUGAUUCAGACCACUGGCACCCAUUAAUACUAAAAAUAGUAAAACAAGGAAAAACAUUUCAUUCAUAGCAAACUGAAGAAAUGAAAGCUUCACUAUCUGCCAGUCUGCCAGAUGAAUCUAGGUUUAGCAAAUGCCAGGAGAACACUACCUACUGGAAUGCAUUGUAAAUUUUGGUGGAGGAGGGAUAAUGGUCUGGGGUUUGGGUUUGGGCCCCUUAUUUUCAGUGAAGGGUAAUAUUAAUGCUACAGCAUACAAAGAUAUUUUAGCCAGGCCUUCUUGUCCACUAUCAGUACCUGACCUCACAAAUGUUUUUGUCUAAAAGGGCACAAAUUCCCACAGAAUCUUGUAGAAAGCUUUCUCAGAAGAAUGGAGUGUGUGUGUGUGUGUGUGUGUGUGUGUGUGUAUCAUAUACUGUACAUACAGGGUGUCCCAAAAGUCUCCAUACAUAGGGGAAAUUAACAGUUUUUAGCAAAAUGUCUUCCCAAAAUACUUAGUUUAUAUUAUAGGGUUUUUUUUCCAGAUAGCCUUUAAGAAUGCUUUUGACAAAAGAAGAAGAACAUUCUCAUGGUUGGAUCGGGAAGCUGUCACAAGGUUGCGAUGUACUUUAACAGGAAACAUGGCAAGCACAUCACACACAACACUGUUGCCAAACUUAUUACAAAAUCAAAAAAUCCACUGAACAGAAUUUGGCACCAACAUCAUCAAUCCAUGGACCUGACCUGCCUUGUGUCAACAGUCCAGGCUGGUUGAGGUUGUGUAAUGGCGUGGGGAAACGUUUUCUUGGCACUUUGGGCCCAAUCAUGAAUAUACAGUCAGGUCUGGAAGUAUUUGGACAAUGAAGGAGUUUUUGUGAUUUUGCCUUUAUACACCACCACAAUGGAUUUGAAAUAAAACAAUCAAGAUGUGAUCGAAGUGUAGACUUUCAGCUUUAUUUUAAGAGGUUCCACAAAAAUAUGGCAUUUAGGAAUUACAGCCAUUUUCAACAAAGUACUUCCAUUUUCAGGGGCUCAAAGGUAUUUGGACAAAGUGACAUAAUUGUAAAUAUAACCAUAAUUUUAAUACUUGGAUGAAAAUCCUUUGCAGUCAAUGACUGCCUGAAGUCUGGUGCCCAUGUUCUCAAAACUCAAAUUCUGAGUUUCCUCCCUGGAGAUGCUUUGCCAGGCCUUCACUGCAGCCACCUUCAGUUGACAACUUGACAAGAGGUUGACUGACCAGGUGCGGUCCAUUCCCUCGUUACUUCGAGACAAAUGAAGCAGAUAAAAGGUCUGGAGUUGAUAUCAGGUAUUGAGUUGGCAUUUGGCAGCUGUUCAACUGGAGCUACCAAUAUGAAGUCCAAGGAGAUCUCAAUGCAAGUGAAGGAGGCCAUCAUAGGCUGAAACAACAACAUAAAUCUAUGAGAGAUAGCAAAAACCUUUGAUGUGGCCAGAUCAACAGGGUACAGUCUUAAAAAGGGUACAUUCUUAAAAAGAAAGAAAGCACCUGUGAGCUCAACAACAUCGAAAGGCCUGGAAGACCACGGAAGACAACUAAAGUAAACAGAAUUCUUUUCUUGGUGAAGAAAAACCCCUUCACAACAUCAAUAGAAGUCAACUAUACUCUGGAGAAGGUAGGCGUAUCAUUGUCAAAAUCUACAAUCAAGAGACGCCUUCAUGAAUGUAAAUACAGAGGGUUUACAACAAGGUGCAAACCACUGGUAACAUUCAAGAACAGCAAAGCCAGAUUAGACUUUGCCAGAAAACAUCUAAAAAAGCCUCCCAUGUUCUGGAAUAAGAUUCUUUGGACUGAUGAAACCAAGAUUAACUUGUACCAGAAUGAUGGGAAGAGAAAAGUAUGGCAAAAGAAAGGAACAGCUUAUGAUCCAAAGCAUACCAUAUCAUGUGUCAAACGUGGUGGAGGCAGUGUUAUGGCAUGGGCAUGUAUGGCUGCCAAUGGAACGAGCUCACUGGUGUUUAUUGAUGACUGAAGUAGCAAGAUGAAUUCUGAGGUGUAUAGGACUAUACUCUCUGCUCACAUUCAGCCAAAUGCUACAAAACUGAUAGGACGCCACUUUACAGUGCAGGUGGAUAAUGACCCUAAACAUACUGCGAAAACAACUCAAGACUUUUUGAAGGCAAAGAAAUGGAAUAUUCUUCAAUGGCCAAGUCAGUUGCCUGAUCUCAACCCAGUAGAGCAUGCUUUUCACUUACUGAAGACAAGACUGAAGGCACAAAGACCCACAAACAAGCAUCAACUGAAGGUGGCUGCAGUGAAGGCCUGGCAAAGCAUCUCCAGGGAGGAAACUCAGAAUUUGAGUUUUGAGAACAUGGGCACCAGACUUCAGGCAGUCAUUGACUGCAAAGGAUUUUCAUCCAAGUAUUAAAAUUAUGGUUAUAUUUACAAUUAUGUCACUUUGUCCAAAUACCUUUGAGCCCCUGAAAAUGGAAGUACUUUGUUGAAAAUGGCUGUAAUUCCUAAAUGCCAUAUUUUUGUGGAACCUCUUAAAAUAAAGCUGAAAGUCUACACUUCGA